CGACGUGGAAUCCAUGACGGUUACAGUUGACGCCGGUGUUCAGUUAAGAAAGCUUCUGAAUACGCUCGCAGCAAAUGGGCUUGCGUUACCUCAUACGACCGACUGGGAUGGCUUGUCAAUGGCUGAAGUGAUUAGUACGGCGGCUCACGGGAGCAGUUUGUGGCGAAAGGGUGGCGGAAUUCACGACCAUGUGGUGGGCAUUAGUAUUGUGAUUCCUGCACCUGCAGAACAGGGCUACGCAAAGCUUAUUCUUUUGACAGAGAAAGACGAGGAAAUCCGGGCCGCUAGGGUUUCGCUGGGAGUAUUGGGAGCCAUUUCUCAGGUGACGUUUGCGGUGGAGAAGAUGUUUAAACGGUCGAUUAGCCUGAAGUUAAAAAAUGAGUCGGAUCUGGAAAAUUCAUUUGUAAAGUUUGCUGAAUCGCAUGAGUUCGGUGAAAUGUAUUGGUAUCCUUCGUUCUAUGGAAUGCUGCAAUCUAUUCAGGACAGACUCCCCGUUGAGAGCCCGGGAAAUGGAAAGAGGUCCGAGAUUGACUUCCGUCCGGCCACAGUUCAGAGCGUAGUACAAAACAGGGUAGUUGAGGAAUUGAAUGAUGAGAAAAUAAAUGCGAUCAAUCUCUGCAAAUCAGUGAAGACGCAGGUCGAGCAAGGCGUGAAAGAGGGAAAUGGAUAUCUGAACGACGGAAGAUCUUUCUAUGGGUUUCCUGUUAUAGGUUAUAAUCACCUCAUGCAGAGUUCCUCCGGCUGCCAGAUCGAUCCACGCAGCGAAGAGCACGGCAUGUGUCCGUGGGAAGGAAAAGAGUUAAAAAGCAACGACACUAUAUGCGGUUGGGACACGCAAGUGAAGGGUAAUUUCUAUUAUCAUACUUCAAUUGUGAUUCCUCUGUCGAGGAUAGCAGAAGCCAUUAAAGACAUGAAACAAAUUCGUGAUACAGAUCCAACAGCAUUGUGCACGAUUGAUUCCAAUCUGGGAGUACAAUUUAGAUAUUUUAAGAAGUCCAAUGAUUAUCUGUCCCACAAAGAAGACAGCGUAGUAGUUGAGUUUAUUUAUUUCCGUUACCGUGAGCUCGGGACACCGCGAUGGAAUGGGCAUGCAAUGGACGAGAUUGAACAGAUGCUUUUGCAGAAAUAUGGAGGAGUGCCCCACUGGGGAAAGAAUCGGGUGUACACAUUUGAAGGAGCUGCCAAACGAACUGUGAAUCUGGGCAAGUUUUUGAAAGUGAAGAAGCAAUUUGAUCCAGAGGGAUAUUUCUCUAGCGAGUGGUCAGAUGGAGUGCUGGGAAUCGGAAAAGGUGUAGAAGUAUGGCAAGAUGGAUGUGCUCUGGAUGGGCUGUGUGUUUGCAAAGAAGAUCGUCAUUGCGCUCCUGAAAAGGGAUUUGUGUGUAGGGCUGGGAAUAUUUGGAAGAAAGCUCGUGUCUGCACAAAGGUUAAUGCUGAUUUGUCUAUUAUUGCGAAAUUUUCAAAAUAAAAUGGCGAACAAAGAUACUGCCAUAUAUUGUACGGAAUACAAAAUGCUGACUUGAUAUAAUUAUUGAAUAAAUUUUUAUUUGUAAAUAUACCGUGGUGGAGGCACCGUCCCAGCAUGAAUCGCGUCUUGAA